AUGGAAUAUGCAGAUGGAGGAGAUUUACAUACAAAAAUUAAAAAUCAUAUACUAUGCAAUACAUCUUUUCCAGAAUCCCAAAUUUGGACUAUUUUUAUCCAGCUGAUAAGAGGGCUUAAAGCUUUACAUGAUAAUAAAAUCUUGCACAGAGAUCUGAAAUCGGCCAAUAUUUUUAUGUGUAGUGAUGGGACUGUUAAAAUAGGAGACAUGAAUAUAGCAAAAAUUAGUAAAAAUGGAUUUGCAAAUACAAUGGUUGGUACUCCAUUUUAUGCAAGCCCAGAAAUCUGGCAAUAUCAGACUUAUAAUUUAAAAAGUGAUAUGUGGUCUUUAGGCUGCAUUAUUUAUGAAAUGAUUACACUUCACCCUCCGUUUAUCGCCAGUGAUAUAAAAUCACUUUACAAAAAAAUUUCAUUAGGAAAUUAUAAGAGGCUUCCUACGCAGUAUUCAACCGAUUUAAAUAAUAUAGUAAGACAAUUGCUUUCUAUAAAGCCAGAAUUCAGGCCUUCCUGCAGCAGGCUCCUAAAUAUGCAUGAGGUUUUAAAAAAUGCUGAGCUAAAAGAAGAUUCUUCUUCCAUUUGUCUUUUAAAAACUAUCAGAAUAAAGGAUUCUUUUACUAUGUCUGGGGUCGGAAAUUUUCCACCAUCAAAUUAUAAAACUGAAAUUUCAAACAGUGCAAGAAAGACUCCCAGAAUUACAGUCACUCUUUCUCCUAAGAAAGAAAUAAAAAUGCCAAAGCGGACAAUCAGAAGAAGUAUUACACAAAAGCAACCCCUUCCGCCGCUAGAAAAGAAAUUAGAAAUCAUCAGAUUCAGGAUUUUAUCGAUUCAAAGAACUAUGAAAUAA